AUGGCGCUCGGAGAACUUGGUGCCACUGACAUCACCGACCAUGAGGUGGUGAAGAACUUGCUGAGAUCACUUGAUUCCUCAUUCGAUACACUAGCACUGAAGAUUCAAGAACGUGGAGACUACAAGUUGCUAGAUCCUGCCGAUAUCCUCCAGAGACUGAAUACUCAUGAGUUCCAACAAGCUAAGAAGAGAGACCUCUACGGGCCAAGCUAUGGAAGAUCACGUGCACUGAAGGCCAAGGCAGUUUCCUCAUCUGAAGAGGAAGAUUCUAACAGCAUCCUUGGUGACCCUGAAGAACUGAGCCCGGAGCUAGCAAUGCUCAUGAGGAAAUUUCUGAAGUUCUCGAGGCAUGGCCGUUUUGGAAAGUCUUCAAGAGGUGAUGACUUGAGAUCAGAUUAUUCAUCACGCAACAGCAAGAAAAGGACUUGCCACAGAUGCAAGAAGUCAGGUCACUUCAUUGCUGAUUAUCCUGAGUGGGUGAAGGAAUCAAAGAAGAAGAAGUACAAGGAUGACAGUUUAGAUGACUCGAAGAAAAAGAAGAAAUAUUCAAAGUUCUCAUCAUCAAAAUCCUAG